GGAAUCCACCACAGAUUUUUUUCUUUAACAUUUCGUUUUCAUUCAAGUUUUAUUUUCAUUUAUUACUUCUUAUCACUUGGAACAGCUAAGAUAGACGAAUCCUCAUUACUGACUUGAGAAAUUGUUUGCAUUAAUGAGAAAUUCAGCUUAUACUUUUUUUUUUUUUUUUGGUUUAAUUUUUCGUUUGUCUGUACAUAAUUAUGGAGGCUGUGGGCUAUUGGUAGAGUGUUUUGAGUAAAUUAAAGAUUACUGUCAUUAAUCACCCCAACCUGUUCUCAGUUUCUGUUCUAUUUGACACCAUAAAACCCAGUUUAUCAUUCUCGUCUCCUUCCAAUCUUAAACUCUCUGUAUAUUUUUCUGUUUGUUUCUGUUUUUCAUUUUUUCUACUUCUAAAGAGUGAAAAUAGAGGUCUCGAGUUUAGAUCUAUAUCGGAAUCUGCUGCUCUAUUGGCCGUUUUCUGGUUUCUGGGAUCAUUUUUCCGCCCUUCUGGGUGGGUUUGGCUUCUCCUUGUUCCUUUGUUUUUGGAAGACAAAAGAAGUGUACUGGCUCCUUGAAUUUCUAAACCCUUCAAUGGUUUUAAUCUUUUGAGGGUUUGAUGUUAUGGAGAUUUGCUGAAAAAUUACGGUUCCAGAUAUUCUUUCACCAUUGGUUUGGAAUCUGUCUGGAGUGUCUGAGCAAAUCAAACAGUAGCCUUAAUGCAAGGGCAAAGGAGUGCUUUCAGUACCUUGGCUGAAAAUUUGAGCUCGGAUCACGGGUCUACAUCAAGUGAUGCUGGAAUAAACGAGCUGAUGUCCUGGAAUAAUACCCAGACUACUGCUCAGAAUCAACUAUCAGAUUAUAUGAUGUCAAGUGAUGCUGACGUUACACUUCUUGGCCAUGCUAGCCAUGAGGAGCAGACUUUAAGUGUGUGGAAUGUGGGUGAAACUAGUUCUAGUUGUGCACAAAAUCAAACUGAACAAAAUGAGAGAAAAACAGAAGAUGGCUGGCCAUCAUUUAUGAGCUUUCACUCUGGAGCUGCUCAUACAUUGGAUGAAAGACACCAUGAAUCAUCUGAUAUCCUUUUAUUGGAUAAUGUUGACGUAAAUUCAAAUAACAAUCAGACUACAAAUGGGCCGUUUCUGCUGCAAAAUUUUAGUUCUGACAUCUGUAAAAGGGAUCUUAAUAUGGGUUCUGGGUCGGACCACGAAAAUGAUGACUGUCAGGUAGUGGAGCGUCCUAACACAUUCAAAUCUAAUGGAUCUUCAAAUGGGCAGAUGCCCUUUGCUAGUAGUUCCCCUGAUCCUUUUGGGAUGCCUUCUGGUAGUGGUGGAUAUUUGAUGGAGGAAAGUGAGGGCAGGCCAAGUUGUUCUUUGGAUGGUCGACGCUUAUCUUGCAAAAGAAAAGCAUUUGAAGGAAAUGUGGGACAAUCUUCUGGAACUGGAAGUUCAAUGUAUUUUCAGCAAGUUGAAAGAAGUCUGUGGCAUGCCGUGCCUGCUACUCAGGGUGCCAUGAGCAGCAUAAGUAUGUCAACACCAAUCGAUGACAUUCCUGCCAUUGAUGAAGUGUCAGAACAGGCAAACUCAAGACUGGGGCCUUGUGUUGGAAGAUCUGCUUCUACAAGUCCUCUGACUCUGAAUGCUUCAGGGACUGAAGAAAGUUCCCUACAAAAUUUCUGCUUGCAGAUGAAUGGCUCAAACCAACAAGAUUCUAUACCUGGUAACCUGUUUUCUACGGAGUCUAAUGUUGGAAACACAAGUUUUCCAUCUUCCCUGCAUUCAUCAAGAUUACGUCUUCGUAAUCAUGUAUUUGACUCGAUGGCUGCAUCUACUGAAGAAAAUGAAGGUUUUCAUGUAACAUCUGGUUUGCAUAUUCCUCCUGUUCGCCGGAGUCGACAGUCUAGGUGGAACGAGGCAUCUAGCUCAAGAGCCAGCAGUUCAUCACCUUCUGCUAUUGCUGCAGACAGGGAUGUUGUGCUUUAUGAAGAAACUCCCACAAGAAGUUUGCCAAGAAACAUUUCAGAACAUCAUGUGUUUGCUUCUGCUUCUGAGAUGAGAAAUUCAUCGCAAAAUCCUCCUAUAAUGCGUACAACUGGUGGUAACAUCAAUGUGGCUAGAAAUGUUGCAUCUUCUUCUCGUGCAGGCUCUACUUCCGGAGUCAACUCAUCUACACCUAAUUGGUCCUAUCGGAGUUCUUCACUAUACCCACGGAGACUGUCUGAAAUUGUUCAAAGAUCUUUGCUGACCUCGGCAGGUACAGAGUCUGGAAGCCAGACCAGCAAUCUCGCUCUGCUGCGUUCUGCUGCCUCCCAGGCGAUGGCAAUUUCAUCUGCAUCUGAUGAUCAUGAGCAUCAUUUGCCAAAUUCAAGGUCAGCCAUGUUGGAGAGACAUCUUGAUGGAGCUUUUGGAGUACCUUAUUCGCUGCAAAUUUUGGCUGCUUCCAGUGAAGGAAGAAACAGUAGGCUAGUCUCUGAGCAGAUUCGAAAUGUCUUGGAUCUUAUGCGAAGAGGAGAAGGCUUAAGAUUUGAGGAUGUCAUGAUCCUCGAUCAGCCGGUUCUUUUUGGGAUGGCUGAUAUUCAUGAUAGACAUCGGGAUAUGCGUCUAGAUGUAGAUAACAUGUCUUAUGAGGAGUUGUUGGCAUUGGAGGAGCACAUCGGAAAUGUCUGCACGGGACUGAGUGAAGAUACCAUUGUAAGCUGUUUGAAGCAAAGGAAAUAUGUAGAUGUUAAAAUAGAAGGUCAAACAGAGACUGAGCCUUGCUGUAUAUGUCAGGAAGAGUACAAGGAUGGAGAAGAUCUUGGAACACUGGAGUGCAAGCAUGACUUUCAUGCAGAAUGUAUUAAACAAUGGCUAAUGCACAAAAAUUUGUGCCCAAUUUGUAAAGUCACAGGUUUGUCUACCUAAGACGGGGGUAAGCAAUUUGGGACACUGGUUUCUUCCCUGGUUGAAAUGGGUUCUCGCAGGCGCAGAAAAGUAUCUGCUUAGUAUGCUUAACCUGUAAGUGGAGUAUGUGUUCAUCCAUAACACAAACUCUUCUUAGCUUUAGGAAAUAUUUCUUAUUUAUUCCUUGCGAUAAUCAAAUCUCCUGGUGGAAGUUGAAACUGAUAAACAAGAGUAGAACCCCUUUUAGAUUUAUUUUUAGUCUUAAAUUGCAUUGGUUUAAUCGAAAUUAAACGAUUUUAUGCAUAUAAUUUUUGCA